AUGAGUAAAAAGUUCAAGUCGCAGGCUUCCAGCAGUCGUGCAGCUGCUGGUGCCUUUGGCUCAUUCGGAGGGUUCUCUGGUACUGCUGGUGGUGAUGGACGAGAGCCGUCUACCCUUACUUAUAUUGCAGCACCACCGGAUCUUUCUCGAAUCUCAGAGCAACAGCUGGUAAUUGCAUUCAAGAAUUUACAAAAGAAAGAUGACAUCACAAGGACAAAGGCUCUGGAAGAACUGAAAGAGUACAUCUCAGCUGUAGAAGGCAGAAAGGGAACGUUAGAUGAUGGGUUUCUAGAAGCAUGGGUAAAAAUAUAUCCCCGAGCUUCAAUUGACCUGUCAAGGCGGGUCAGACAGCUGGCUCAUACCCUGCAAGGUUCAAUCUCUGCCUUGGUUGGCAAGAGAAUUGCACCUCACCUAUCCAGAGUUAUCGGCGCAUGGCUUGCAGGCAUCUACGACAAUGACCGGCCAGUCCAACGCUCCGCUUUGGAAUCUUUCACCACUGUCUUUUCAACGGAGGAGAAGAGGAGUAAUGUCUGGAAGAUCUACCAAUCCUCCACAUUGGAUUUUAUCGAUGAUGUACUCCUCCACCAAACACCUUUGACCUUGAGUGAUGAGCGAACAGUCAAGCGGGAUGAUGCCGAGGCAAAAUAUGCUCGUGUCGUGGGAGCCGCAUUGAUGCUUUUCAACCGGAUUUUAGGAAACUCACCAGCCGAUGAUUUGCAAAGAAAUCUAGCCGAGAUUGAGAAUCUCCUUGGAAGCAAAUCUCUAUGGGGCUUUUGCAACCAUGAGGAUCCAUUUGUCCGUCGGUCUAUAUAUAUUGUUCUACGAUCAGCCAUAUCUAGAGAGCCUGGCUGGAUCGACUGGAAAAUCCUCAGUGCAGCCAUUGUUGGCAAGUCUUUGUCGAUCCCACAACUCGGAUCUGCUUCUGAGCUAUCUGAGACUCUUCUUCUUUUGACCUCGUCACGACCUCAGGUAUGGACAGAUGACUAUACCGGAAAGACAUCUGCAUCAAAACGGCUACGCCAAUACAUUCAGAAAGGAUCACAGGGUGGCCUCGCAAUUUUCUGGACAAAUCUGGACAAGCUACUUCGCAUAAUACCACGAGAGGUACUUGCUGGAGCCGAUAAAACAAGUACGGACGAGAUAGUGAAAAUUUCCAGUGCAACUGCUUUGAUGGAAGCCUUUCAAGAUGGAUUGGCCUCGAGGGAAGAACCCCGGCAAAAUCUCACUACCGGAUGGAAGUCCUACAUUCGUGUUGGAGCCUGGCUUGGGCUUCUCAUGCCUCAGAAUCAACGACCCGAGUUUCUUCAAAAAAGGUUGUCGCCACUUGUUGCACAGUAUGUGCGCCCUAAUUCAGAAUUAGGUCAAUGGUCACUUCCUUCACCAUCCGCUCAAGAUAUUUGUGCAGACUACCUCCUUGUGCUUAUUUCACACGGCCAAAGCCAUCAACUUGAGCCACUGUGGACUAAGUUAUCGAAUGACUUGCUGGAAGCCGUGAAGCUGUCAGCUCCUGAAAAAUCGAUUGACUUCCGUUCCUCUCAAGACUCGGUGUGUGCUGAAGCACGACGCUUCUUUUCGCUUGAGCCAGAAGUUCUUUCGAGGGUUUCGGACUCUGACAAUGAAGUAGAGGCCCAGGGGAUCUUUGAGAAGUUGAAUUUGUUCCUUCUCGAAAACUGCUUGGAAGUUCUUCGUUCUCGGAAUGGCAAACCUUAUGGAGCUGCUGGGGUCGUGGAGGAAUGUGUACGAAAUAUGCCCUCCGUUGCAAGGGGGUCCCAAAAGCUUGUCGAAUUUGUUCAGACAGAUGCAACCGAGCUUUUGUUCUCACCAUCUGGAGAAAAGCUUAUGACAAUCAUCUUGGCAUGCCGUGAGUGGGGUGGAUUUUCUUCUAGCUUUGAAAGGGUGGUUGAACGGACCAUGGAGCUGGAUCCCGAACAUUCUAAUGCCCAUAUCUUGAAGACCCUUCUAUCCAACCUUGAUUUCAACGAAGUCGGCGAUAAAAAUAAGCUCUCCUCGCUUGUCAUGCGAGCCCUUGAGAAGGCUUGCAGAGGGAGCUCUUCCCACUGGCAGAUAAUCAUUUCUGUUCUUCAGAACCAUACCUCUCGUAGUGGUUUGAUGGAUCAGAUAUUUUUGUCGAUCAUCGAUCAAUUGUCUCAGGAAGACAAAGUUUUGGACGUGUUGCAUGGCCUUUCUCACUUCGGAAAGACUGUGCCAUCUGCCGUCAAAGACUUUCAGAAUGGGCCCAGUGGCUCGAAGCUAACAGGAAAAUUGUUAUAUCUUACAGAAUCACCGGUCGAAGAAGUUCAUACCUUGACAGAAUCUUUGAUCAAGUCAUUCAAGGAAACCGUUGUUGGCGAUUUGAGCACUACUUCCAAAAUUGAGAUUCUGCGUCAAGGCCUGAGCCGUGCAAGCGAAGAAUCUUUGUCUAUCGAUUCACUCUUUGCCAUUGCAGAAGAACUGAUGCAGGAGGUCGAGACAAAGGACGAUUACUCCGUGAAGGAUAUUUUGCCUUCUUACAGUGCUUGGGAGGAAGCGAUGACUCCAUUCCUGCAGGUUCCUCCUCGGGCAUCCACAGCAAUUACCAGUCCUUUGCUGGGUGCUGUCAACUUGGUUCAGCAUGAUGUUUCCGACUCAUUAAAGGCACUGCAGCUUGGAAUUUCCCGAGACUCGGAUCGUUGCACUGCUGCAUUCCGCUUGACAGCAUUCACCAUCAAGGCGUUAUCGAUAUUUGAUAUUGCUACAAAGCUGGAAAAAACGGAUCUAGAAACUCUCUUUUACUUCCUCCCGUUGGCUGUUCAAUUGAUCGAUGAUGAUCUAAGCAUUGAAAACUGCAAUGGUAUAUCGGGUCUUGAGUUGGCUGACCAACGUGAAGAAUAUUUGGAGCUCGUGUUUCAGGGACGCAAAGUAAUUAGCGACUGGGCCCAAGCAAAAGAACACCUUAAGUGCUCGCCAGAGGCUACACUUUGGUCAAGUCUGAUCUCGUUCUGGGAGAGCAAGCUUGAGGGACUCAAUGGAACGUCUCCCACGGACUACCGCGUGGGACAGGCAUUCGUCAAAUUGACGAGUUCGGUGGAUGGGUUUGAAACAUCUAAACCCGCCGACGAUGUUGCCAAAAUUUGCAGAGAGGCACGAAAUGCCAAUGGAAUUCGCUCAGCAUCAUGGUUUGCCGCUUUGCGAAGCUCCAUUCUUUCCAACCCCGUUGGAAACCGACUUUGCAAUGAAUUGGUUGCCGAUUCUACUGGCCUCAAGCCUGAUGAUGUUUCCCAGGGGUUGCGAAAGCUUGUGUUUCUGAAUAUCCUGCUGUCUGGAGAAGAGGAUGUCGUUUCAAACAUUCCCACUCAGCGAUUGGUUUUCCUCACCAAAAAUCUCAUAGAAUGUCUCAAAUCAGAGGUGGCAUCAGUUGUAUUGAGAGCCGAGAUUUUGCAGACUUUGGCGUUUAUCCUCCCUGGCCUUACUGAUAUCUACGGUUCACAUUGGGAGGACAUCAUGGAGGCCUUGAGCGCUGUUUUCAAAAACACAAGCGGAGGAGAGGAUGGUCUCCCCUUGCUGGUGUCAUCUUUCCGACUGUUUGCGCGGUUGAAGGCCAUGGCCGAGGGCGAGAGCAACGAUGAUCUUCAAGAUGCAUGGUCAGAGAGGAAGACUAGUCUAUCCAAUGAGUUGGUUUCGACCAUUGGAAAAUUCGGUAGGUUGCUUGCGCAUAUUUGGUUACUUGGCCGCUUACGCAUAGUAGACUCAUCAACCACAUUCCACCAGCCCCGAGACGUCGCAAUUGAAGCCCUGCGCCGUUUAAUCAAUGGUGUCCCUGUCGAUAAGCUCGAAGAUGUCAGUGGAGUGUUCCAUCUUUUGACUGCCCACAGUCGCGCCGUUCAACGGACCGCAUACACAAUUCUUCACCUUUAUAUUCCCCAAACUCAAGAACAGGUAUCAUUUGACGUGGCCCUAUCUAAAACUGCAGUCAGCCUGCCUGACGAGUUAAUAUCCCUUCUGCUUGAGACACCAACGAUGGAUAUGGUUUCCAAGUCCUUUGGCGAUGACAAGAUGUGGACCAGCAUGAGAUCAUACCUUUUGAGCUGGAAGGUAGUCUUCGAUCACUUCACCAAUGCGUCACUUCCCGUCCAAGAGUACUACGCAGCUAGUAUCAAGGAAAAUAAUAUCUUGAUUCCCCUGCUGGAAUUCAUGUUCAAUUUCCUCCAAAAAUCACAGGGCAAGAUUGUUGAUGCAUCUAAGCUUGAGAUUCAGUCUUUCCAGCCUGAUAACUCAGAAAGUGCCGAGAAAGAGACACAAUGGCUGUUGGUGCAUCUGUACUAUCUGUGCUUGAGGCAUUUGGCGAAUAUGACCAAGAACUGGUGGAUUGACACGCCAAAAAGAAUCAAAGGGCCGGUGGAGACGUGGACAGAGAGAUACAUCUCACCUUUGGUGGUUGAUGACGCUCUCCAAGCUGUUACAGACUGGAUCGCUACUCAGGAUCCAAACGAGGAGCGAGCUCUAUCUGUCAAGAUGUCUCCACGCACAGCGGAGAUCAUUGCCAGCAUUCCAGUGGAUGAGGAAUCACCUCCAGUAUCCAUUUCGAUCUCCCUUCCCCCUGCAUAUCCGCUUCACGCUGCCGCCGUGGUCGGCCGCAGUCGUGUUCUGGUGGAUGAAAAGAAAUGGAAGAGCUGGCUGUUGACAAUCCAAGGCGUGAUCAUGUUCGCCAAUGGUAACCUUGUCGAUGGAUUGUUGGCCUUCCGACGCAACGUACAGGGUGCUUUGAAGGGACAGAGCGAGUGUGCUAUCUGUUACUCUGUGAUCUCCACCGACAUGCAGACGCCAAACAAACGGUGCGCGACUUGCAAAAACACCUUCCACUCUGUCUGUCUGUUCCGAUGGUUCAAGAGCAGUAACCAGAGUACUUGCCCGUUGUGUCGCAACAACUUUGUGUAUGUUUAA